GUUCCGUUACGCCUCCCUCUUCCCCCCGUUUUUACUGGCUACAGCUACUAGUACCACCUGGCCAGGGGAGCCUCCUCUCCUCUCGUCUCGUCUCGUCGCACGCGAGCCCAUCCCCCCGCCCGCCGCCUGCGCUUGACUUGACCCGCGCUCCUCCUCGGCGUCGGGGAGACCGGGCUCGGUCCGCGUUGUCUCGGCGGACGGAGGAGGACCGUAGCGCGACCGCCCGUCCGCCGCCAGAGCCCUCGUCAUCGUGCCGGCUGCUCCUGCCGCUCGUCCCGCCGCGUUGAGCAUUGGGGAUCUCGCGGGCCCUUCGUCUGUACCCGCCGACUCUUCAAACCCUAGCCUCUGUGGCCCGCCGACGCCGACGGGAGGAGCUGGAGCUGGGGCUGGGGCUGGAGGGCGCGGAAGCUGGUGGCUGUUGUUUCGCUGAUUGAAAGUACUCCAUGGCUUAAUGAUGAACUGGUAAUAAAGAGGUCAAUCAUUGUCAGCUAGCUGUCUGAGGAGGGUUUUUGGAGUUCUUACUAAGAAGAGAGUUACUCAUGCUAGCCAGUGAAGGACGGACACAGAUCUUGCUUGCUUUACUGAACUGAAGACAUGCCCAAAACACCUCCUGUCAAUGCAAGCAAGAACACUGAACCGCAGAAACAAUCUGCACCCAACUUAACAAUAACAAAUGGGCACACAAGUACAAAGGUAGUGGUUAAAAAAGAGCACCCUAUCAAUGAUGUGAAACACAUUAGCACUUGGGUUUGCAAAAAUUUGGCCUGUAAAGCUGUUAGACCAGCAGAAGAUUCCUUCUGCAAGAGGUGCUCGUGUUGUAUUUGCCACAAGUUUGAUGACAAUAAGGAUCCUAGUCAAUGGUUAGUUUGUUCAUCUGACAAUGAUAGCAAGAAUUGUUGUGGUUCUUCUUGUCAUAUUGAAUGUGCAUUCCGAGAGAAGAGGGCAGGAUGCUUUGAUCUAGAGCAAAUUAUACAUCUUGAUGGGAGUUAUUCCUGUGCCUCGUGUGGGAAGAUUUCUGGAAUACUAGGAUAUUGGAAAAGGCAAUUAGUAAUCGGGAAAGAUGCCCGCCGAGUUGAUAAUCUAUGCCAACGCAUUUAUUUGAGUUACAGGCUAUUAGAGGGAACUGUCCAUUUUAAAGAAUUGCAUGAGAUUAUUGAAGAUGCAAAAGCAAAAUUGGAAAGUGAGGUUGGGCCACUUGAUGGAAUGUCGGCAAAGAAUGCACAUGGUAUCGUAAGCAGGUUCUCAGCUGGUAUCGCUGUGCAGAAACUAUGCUCUACAGCAAUUCAAAGAGCUGACGAGUGGUUGAGUUCUCCUGACCUGCAUCUUCGAGAUUCAUUACCUGUUGCCUGUAGAUUUAAAUUUGUAGACAUAACAUCUUCUUCCCUCAUUGUCAUCUUGAAAGAAACCUCGUCUUCUGACACUAUCAAAGGUUAUAAGCUAUGGUACUGGAAGAGCAGAGAGCAACCAAGUAUGGAAAAGCCUGUUAUUGUGUCCAAAGAUGAAAGAAAAAUACUUCUUUAUGACCUUACCCCAUGCACAGAAUAUUCUUUCAGAGUUAUAUCAUUCACAGAUGAUGGGGUACUUGGCCAUUCAGAAUCUAGAUGCCGUACUGAAAGUAGGGAGAUAUUUGUCAUGCGUGCACCAAAGAAUGCAGUGGGAGGAGGGGCUACACAUGCGCAAAAAAAAGACAGGAACCAGUCUUGUAAGUCAACUGGGUUCAAGAUCCGAGAUAUUUGGAAGAACUUUCAGGAAGCUUUAGAUGCAGAAGGCUGUUUUGAAGGAUUUUCUGAAGAUGUACAUGAAGGUUCCUGCAGCAGAAGUGUUACAGAGACAGAGUUAUCUGGAGCUUGUCGCAAACUUCAUUUCAACUCAUCUUCUGUCCCCGACCUAAACGCCGAGGUUCCUGUACCCGUGGACUACACUGAGAACCAUUAUUAUUCUAAGAAGGGACUUGUGAGGUCAAAUGACAGUGGUGACUCUGAGACCUGCGCCGUUGGCCAGACUGCAGAGCCGCCUGCAGUUGAAUCUCGGCAAGUAAGCAAGGUGAAUAGCGUACCAGUUAAUAAAUGCGAGCAGAAUGGUGCUUCUGCUAUUUGCCAUGAAAAGAUGCUCUCCGGAUCGACGAGGCAACUGGAUGGGGAUUAUGAGCACUGCGUAAAGGUAGUAAGGCAGUUGGAAUGCGAUGGGCACAUCGAAAAUGGUUUCAGGAUGAAGUUCUUGACAUGGUAUAGUCUAAGAUCCACAGACCAGGAGCGCAAGGCCGUGAGCACAUUUGUCAGAACGUUAAGCAACGAACCAAGCAGCCUGGCCGAGCAGCUCGUCGAUUCUUUCGGAGAAAUAUUAAACAGCAAGAAGGCCAAAACCGGUUUCUGCAGCAAGCUAUGGCAUUAGGACAAAAAGGACUAGAUCUCAAGAUACUGCUAACUCACUGAUUAUCCAUAUUUUUCACUGACCGGUGCAGUGAAAUUCUAGUUUAUUCCAUCAAAUUUGACAGCGAUGAAAAGGGGGCAUCUGUGAGAAUAGGAGAUUAUUUUGGGCAGCAAGUAGCCUGCUCUGAAAUAAUUCUUUUCCAUCAGGAAGUAGUGGAAACUUGAUUUUCAUUGGAUUACCUGGGUCAAUCCAGAAAUUAUUGUAGAAGGUUGUCUUUUUUUCCCCUUUGUUGUUGUGGUUCGCUGAGAAAUUCUUUGGAGAUAGCAGUCCGUUGGUUAUUCUGGGUUAUUAUAUAAAUCAUGGUAAAUGGAAUGUGAUGGUACAAAGUCUCUGGUUUA